AUGACCCUGUAUCCAUACGAGCCCGACCGCCCGCAUGGUUCGGGGCAGUACCAUUUCAACCCUCUGCCUAAGGAUCUUCCGAAGGACCAUAUCCGCAACUUCAACACCAACGGCGACUACAAAAACACCAAAGCCAAGAUCGAGAUUCGGGAGAUCAUUCGUCAAGGUGUCAAUCGCAACUCCCAGAUCUUCCGCUGCUUGGUUUUAAAGCCUCCAAAGGAAGAACGGCCCGCUGCUCUCCAGGAGCCACUCCCACCCUUCAGAGACGAGCAUGGAGGAGUUCUUCCCGGGCAACUGGUUGCCAAGGUUUUCGACGUCCACUACUAUCCAAUCGAUUUUUGUGCCCCCUGGCCCAACGAAGAGGAGGCUGACGGAAACCACUGCCGCGAGCACGCCGUCUAUGCGCACUAUCGUCGGAACGGCAAGACUGGGCAUCCGCAUAUUAUACCGCAAUUCUACGGCAGUUGGGUCAGCAAGAUCUAUUGCGGGCACGAUGAAAACAAUCAGCCGAUGUUCAGAUAUGUCGGUCUGAUCCUCAUUGAGUACAUCAACGGCUAUUCCGUGGAGAACAUGUGCUUCCGUGAGCGUUUCCCCGGGCGUAAGAGCGACUAUUUCGGCCCGCUUGAACCCAUCAGGGGAGAGUUCCACUUUUGGAACCAGCGGAGACAGGGAAAUCGGGACGACAACGUGACGAAAGUCAGAUUCGACAAAAAGACACGGCAAUAUGUCGUGAAGGAGAUGAUCCAUGGCGUCGUCGUCGGCAUGCAUUUGGGAGUCGAGCACCAGGACUACACUCAAGUCUGGUCUCUAACCAAGUACGCUGAGACCCAAGGAUAUCUUCAGUGUCUCCAGAAGCUUCCUUACCCUCCUCACCCCACCGAGAGAUGCAGCGUUACGGCCCUUGACACGUUCCAAGGGUGGUGGCCUCCGAAUAAUUACGACGAGAACAGGUUUGACGAGUGGCUGUACAGCGAGGACGUGUUCGGGCCUCACGUUGAAGCGAAAAGCGUCCUGGAUUCCUUGCUCAAGCAGAAGAAGUUGUGGCCACACAGCUACGACAAGUACUCCACCUUCGCGACCUUGGACGCUAUCGAGGCGAAAGAGGACGAGGUGUACAACGCAGGGAUUGCUUCCAAGAUCCUUCAAUUUGUACGCAUGAAUGAAGACCUCAACCGGGACGGCCGUGGAGAAGAGAGAGAGAGGGCCAUCACGGAGGGCGUUGAAGAAUGCGCCGCCACGUCAGCAAUGACUUCAGACUCGUACACUCUGUGGUUCCGAACCAAAGUCCGCGAGCUUCGGGAGCGUCGUCGGCUGGCCCAGGCUCAGGCUCUCAGCCCGACUUCACAGGAAUAG